CUCUGACUGCCGCACGGAGGGGCGUAUAAAACAGACUCUCUCUCUUUCUCUCUCUCAGAGUUUUAGUGGAAAUUAACGCUAGGAGAACUACUUUGAACGGACGGGAGGUUUAUUUUAAACAACGUUGUUUUACUUUGAAGCUUUUCCACGCUGUUUUUAUUGUUCACCUAUCGAGGAUGGCAAACUGAUGACCCCUUAGGCCUUUCUCAUGCUGGAGGCUAGCUGUUCUCUCUGAAGGCGCAGGAUGAAAAGAUGGCACAGCUGCUUGUACCACCAGGUCCAGACAGCUUCCGCCCCUUUAGUCCUGAGUCCCUCAAAGUUAUCGAGAAACGUAUCACAGAGGAGAACGCCAAGAAACCAAAGAAAGAGAAGAAAAAACGCAAUGAUGAGAAUGAGCUCAAGCCCAGCCGUGACCUGGAAGCGGGCAAAUCACUCCCUCUUUUGUAUGGGGACACUCCUAAAGGCAUGGUGUCGACACCGCUGGAGGACCUGGAUCCAUACUACACUAAUCAGAAAUCUUUCAUAGUGUUAAACAAAGGAAAUGUCCUCUUCCGCUUCAACGCCGAUCCUGCCUUGUACCUCCUGAGUCCCUUCAACCUCAUAAGAAGAAUAUCAAUUUGGAUUUUGGUACAUUCAUAUCCUUUCAUCAAGAUGUAAUUCUAGACAAAUGAUUUUUAUUUGUUUAGUAUGGUGAUUAUGUGCACUAUCCUCGCCAACUGUGCAUUUAUGACACUAAAUGGACCGCUUGACUGGGCAAAGCCUGUAGAAUACACAUUUACUGCAAUCUAUACACUUGAAUCCCUCAUUAAAAUUUUAGCCCGAGGGUUCUGUAUUGGGAAGUUCACGUUUCUAAGAGAUCCCUGGAACUGGCUGGAUUUUAGUGUCAUUGUCUUGGCGUAUGUAACAGAGUUUGUACCCCUAGGCAACUUUUCAGCUCUUCGCACAUUCAGAGUGCUGAGAGCAUUCAAAGCUAUUUCAGUAAUCCCAGGCCUGAAAACCAUUGUUGGUGCAUUGUUCCAGUCAGUGAAGAAGCUUGCAGAUGUGAUGAUCCUGACCGUCUUCUGCUUGAGCGUCUUCGCCCUGAUAGGACUCCAACUGUUUAUGGGCAAUUUAAAAAAUAAGUGUGUCCGGAAUUAUACCACUACGUCACAAAAUAACGUCAGUUUCGUUGAAACGGAAUAUGGCACUCUCAACUUGUCAGACUACCUGCAAGAUAAACGUUUUUACUAUUUCCUUCCAGGCAAACGAGAUCCAUUGCUUUGUGGAUUAAGCAUUGAAGCUGGGCAUUGUCCAGAGGGGUUCCGAUGUGAAAAAGCAGGAAGAAAUCCAGACUAUAAUUACACCAGUUUUGACUCCUUUGGCUGGGCCUUUCUCUCCCUGUUUAGACUGAUGACGCAGGAUUACUGGGAGAAUCUUUACCAGCAGACGUUGCGAGCAGCCGGGAAGCCCUAUAUGAUUUUUUUUGUGCUGGUGAUUUUCCUCGGUUCCUUUUAUCUGAUCAACCUGAUCUUGGCUGUAGUAGCUAUGGCCUACGAGGAGCAGAGCCAAGCCACCAUGAAGGAGGCAAAGGAGAAGGAGGAAGAGUUUCAGGCCAUGAUAGAGCAGCUGAAACGGCAGCAAGAGGAUGCUCAGGCAGCAGCAACUGCAGCGGCUGCAGAGAGUGGUGAGGCCAGUGAUAAACCUAGUGGCCCGGAGAGCUCUUCUGACAACUCUAAGCUAAGCUCCAAAAGCGCCAAAGAGAGACGCAACAGAAGGAAAAAAAGGCAGGAGGAGGUAAAAGGGGAUGACAAGAAGGUCUCUAAAUCCGAGUCACAGGACAGUAUUAAGAAAACUUGCUGCCACUUCUCUGUGGAUGCAAACCUGCUCAACUAUGACAUGAAAUGCUCACCCACACAUCAGUCCUUUCUGAGUUUUCGUGGACCCAUGUUCUCAUCCAGACGGAAUAGUAGGACCAGCAUUUUCAGUUUCCGAAGCCAAGCGCAGGACGUGAGCUCAGAAAACGAAUUUGCUGAUGAUGAGAACAGCAUUUUUGAGGACACCCUAAGUCGAAGGGGCUCUUUGUUUUUUCCCCGGACUAGUGAUCGACGCAGCAGCAAUAUGAGCCAGUGCAGCUUCUUGUCUCAUCUCCUUCUUCCACCAAAUGGGAUCAAGCACAGCUCUGUAGACUGCAAUGGUGUUGUCUCUCUGGUGGGUGGGAAUUCACACCCACUGUCACCUGUGGAGCUUCUUCUGCCCAAAGUGACGGUAGAUAUGGCCUUCACAGGAGACAAUGCUGACACCACUGACACAGAGUACAGACAGGCCGGUGGAGGAACAGACCAGGAAUGUAUUGACUUCCUCGAGGGCCCAGAGGCUAGACAAAGAGCUCUCAGUACAGCUAGUGUCAUAACUAGCACAGUGGAAGAGCUUGAAGAGUCGAGGCAGAAGUGUCCUCCUUGCUGGUACAAUUUUGCCCACACUUUCCUCAUCUGGGGGUGUUGUCCGAGAUGGUUGAGGAUCAAGGGAAAGGUUAAAGUAGUUGUGAUGGACCCCUUCACGGACCUUGCCAUCACCAUCUGCAUUGUGCUCAACACAUUGUUUAUGGCCAUGGAACAUUAUCCAAUGACUGGUGGUUUCGCCGAUAUGCUGUAUGUGGGAAAUUUGAUUUUUACUAGCAUCUUCACGGCAGAAAUGGUUUUCAAGAUCAUUGCUAUGGACCCAUACUUUUACUUCCAGGAGAGAUGGAAUAUUUUCGAUUCAAUCAUUGUCAGUUUGAGCUUGAUGGAGCUGGGCUUGGAAAACGUUAAUGGCAUGUCUGUUCUGAGAUCAUUUAGAUUGCUGAGAGUAUUCAAGUUGGCUAAAUCGUGGCCCACUCUUAACACACUGAUCAAAAUAAUUGGCAAUUCAGUGGGGGCUUUGGGCAACCUGACGCUGGUGCUGGCCAUUAUCGUCUUCAUCUUUGCAGUUGUGGGCAUGCAACUGUUUGGAAAAUACUACAAGGACUGUGUGUGUAAAAUCUCUGAAGACUGCACUCUGCCCCGUUGGCACAUGAACGACUUCUUCCAUUCAUUCCUCAUUGUGUUCCGAGUGCUUUGUGGAGAGUGGAUAGAAACCAUGUGGGACUGUAUGGAGGUGGCUGGGACACACAUGUGCAUCACUGUCUACAUGAUGGUCUUGGUUAUUGGAAACCUUGUGGUGCUGAAUCUGUUUCUGGCUCUGCUGCUGAGUUCAUUCAGUGCUGAUAACCUGGCAGCAACGGAGGAUGACAGCGACAUGAACAAUUUGCAGGUUGCUAUUGGAAGGAUUCACAAUGGCAUUUCCUUUGUCAAGUCCCUGGUUCGAAGCAGCUGCAAUAGUGCCUGUCUCAGGAGAAAGAAGAAAAGGAAGGGUCAAGACAAAUCCCUGGAUGAGCUCCACAAGCCUUUAGGGCCAAAUGGUGUCCCCAAUCAUACCAUCAAAGACUUUUCUAAGAAUGGAAAUGGGGAUGUGACCGGAGUGGACAAAAAUGGAGACAAGUACAUAGUCAGUAGCAAGAGUGAUGAUUCCAUUAUGUCUUUCAUUCACAAUCCUAGUCUGACUGUCACUGUUCCUAUUGCUUUGGGAGAAUCUGACUUUGAAAACCUCAACACGGAGGACUUCAGCAGUCUCUCGUCUGAUAUAGUAGGCUGCCCUGUGAUUGUGGAAGAUGAUGACCAGGUCAGCUCCUCUGAGGGGAGUACGAUAGACGGUUUGCCAGGCGGGGAGGGAAUAGAUUCUGUGAACUUUGAACUGGAAGAAUUUAUUGAACCUGACGCCUGCUUUACUGAUGGGUGUGUGCAAAAGUACCAGUGUUGUCAAGUAAAAGUGGAAGUGGGCUGGUGGAAGGUGUGGUGGACGCUUAGAAAGACUUGUUUCCGGAUCGUGGAGCACAACUGGUUUGAGAGCUUCAUCAUUUUCAUGAUCCUGCUCAGCAGUGGAGCCCUGGCAUUUGAGGACAUCUACAUUGAGAAGAGGAAGACCAUUAAAACUAUGUUAGAGUUUGCGGACAAAAUCUUCACCUACAUCUUCAUUCUGGAGAUGUUACUGAAGUGGGUGGCCUAUGGAUAUGCCAAGUAUUUUACAAAUGCCUGGUGCUGGCUAGACUUCCUCAUUGUCGAUGUCUCACUGAUCAGUAUGGUAGCCAAUGCCCUGGGAUAUUCUGAACUUGGUACCAUCAAAUCUCUGAGAACCCUUCGAGCUCUGAGGCCACUGAGAGCCCUGUCUCGGUUUGAAGGCAUGAGGGUGGUGGUCAAUGCCCUACUUGGAGCGAUUCCUUCCAUCUUCAAUGUGCUGCUGGUUUGUCUCAUCUUCUGGCUCAUCUUCAGCAUCAUGGGAGUAAACUUAUUCGCGGGGAAGUUUGGCAAAUGUAUCAACAGAACCACAAAUUUAGAUAUGUCUAUAUCAGUGGUGAAAAACAAGACACAAUGUAACAUUGACCAAAACAUUACUCGUUGGAAGAACAUCAAAGUGAACUUCGACAAUGUUGGUAUGGGAUACCUUGCAUUGCUGCAAGUGGCUACAUUCAAGGGCUGGAUGACUAUCAUGUAUGCUGCUGUGGACUCUCAAAGCAAGAUAGAAGAACAACCAGAUUAUGAGAUCAACCUGAACAUGUACUGGUAUUUUGUUGUUUUCAUAAUAUUUGGAGCCUUCUUCGCUCUCAAUCUCUUUAUUGGUGUCAUCAUAGACAACUUCAAUCAGCAAAAGAAAAAGUUUGGAGGUCAAGACAUCUUCAUGACUGAAGAACAGAAAAAAUACUACAAUGCCAUGAAAAAGCUAGGGUCAAAGAAACCACAAAAACCUAUUCCCAGACCAUCAAACAAAAUUCAAGGAUUUAUCUUUGACUUCACCACAAAACAAGCAUUUGAUAUAUUAAUAAUGGUUCUAAUAUGGCUUAAUAUGGUAACCAUGAUGGUAGAAACUGAUGAACAGUCAGAUGGAAAGGCAAACGUUCUCUACUGGAUAAAUCUAAUAUUCGUUAUCAUCUUUACUGGAGAGUGUUUGUUGAAGAUGAUCGCGCUUCGCCAUUACUACUUCACAAAUGGUUGGAAUGUAUUUGAUUUCAUCGUUGUCGUCCUGUCAAUCAUCGGCAUGUGUCUCUCGAAACUGAUAGAGAAGUAUUUUGUUUCGCCAACCUUGUUCAGAGUCAUCCGAUUGGCUCGGAUUGGCCGUGUGCUCCGCCUUAUUAAGAGUGCCAAAGGAAUUCGUACACUCUUGUUUGCCUUGAUGAUGUCACUUCCUGCCUUGUUCAACAUUGGUCUCUUGCUCUUUUUGGUGAUGUUUAUCUAUGCUAUCUUUGGCAUGUCAAACUUUGCUUACGUCAAGAAGGAAUCAGGCAUUGAUGACCUUUUCAAUUUUGAGACAUUUGGCAACAGCAUGAUCUGUUUGUUCCAGAUCACCACCUCAGCAGGGUGGGAUGGCCUUCUUGAACCCAUUCUCAACAAACAUGAAGAUGAUUGUAACAAUUCAAUGGAGCAUCCUGGCAGUCAUAUUAAGGGAGACUGUGGAAAUCCCCCUGUGGGGAUUGCCUUCUUUGUAAGCUACAUCAUCAUCUGUUUCCUGAUUGUGAUAAAUAUGUACAUUGCUGUUAUCCUGGAAAACUUCAGUGUGGCCACUGAGGAGAGCGCUGACCCACUAAGUGAGGAUGAUUUUGAAACAUUUUAUGAGGUCUGGGAAAGGUUUGAUCCUCAUGCAACACAGUUCAUGGAGUACAAUAAGCUUUCAGAAUUUGCAGAUGCUCUGGACCCACCGUUACGUAUACCCAAGCCUAACAAGAUGGAACUGAUCUCUAUGGAUCUACCCAUGGUGAAUGGUGAACGCAUUCACUGCCUGGACAUUCUGUUUGCAUUCACAAAACGCGUUCUUGGUGAGGGUGGGGAGAUGGACAUCCUAAGGGGGCAGAUGGAGGAGCGUUUCAUGGCCUCCAAUCCUUCCAAAGUUUCCUAUGAACCAAUCACAACCACCCUCCGUCGCAAACAGGAGGACACAUCAGCCGCUGUCAUUCAGAGAGCAUACAGAAAUUAUGCAAGGAAACGUGUUUUCAUGAAGACCUCAGACACAUCUGGUGUUAACAUUCAAAGGGAUGGACCACACAUUGACAAAGAGGACGUUGUCACAGACAAACUCCAAGAUAUUUCUAGUGCCGAUAAAAGUGAACUGACACCUUCAGCGGCCCUUCAACCUUUAUGCAACAGUGUGACUACAAAUGGAAAAAACAAAUAUGAAAAAGACAAAAGUGAAAAGGAAAUGGAGGGCAAAGAUGUCAGAGAGCAAUACUGAAGGAAUUCUGGAGAUGCAACUAAGACAUUUUAAAUAAUGAAAAUGUUUACAACCUUUGAAAGACAUCCACUGGACUCCCUCUUUUAAAAUAUAUAUAUAUAUAUAUAUAUAUAUAUAUAUAUAUAUAUAUAUAUAUAUGCUAAACUGACCAUGCCUACUUGAGUCUAAAGUUGGGUGGGUCAUUUAGGCUUUAGUGGGACCAACUGGCUGUGUUCUAGGUGCAAGGAUGCCUUUUGGCUAAGUGUUCAGAAAGACACAUUAGUUAAUGCUUUAACUUUAUUAUAUGGCAGUUCUGCUAUCCAGUGUCUUGAAUUAUUGUUAUAUCAUUGAAAGUUGUAUUACUUAACUACCUUUUUUUUCAAGCAGAAAAACCUGUUAUUCUGCUCUUAUUAUUUUUUUAAUUUAAUGGUUUGCUUUGUUGACUUUUUAUACGUUUUUUUUACUUUUCAAAAGGCUUGUUCUUUCACGGACAAUAACGCUAAUCUUGCUUGCUGAUACCGCUAUUGGACAAAUCCAAGAGACCACGUCAGAAUCGCUGCAGUUUACUAGAAAUGUAGACCUGCAUGAAUGUUUCUCCAUCAGUGUGCAUGCUUUAGUACACUAUUUUUAUCCUGUUCUGUCCGCGUCAAAUAUGUUUGAUGCAAAGUAAACAGUCAACAACAAGGCUGUUUUUUUUAUUUGUGAGUUAAGCCUACAGUCCAAACAAAUCCAGCCCUGUGCAUCGAUUGUGUUUAUCAGUGUCCAAGCCAUAAUGCAUGGCAGGAAUAUUUUGCACAUUCAUAUUUAUUUAAUCACCAUCAAAUACUUAAUCUCAGCCGGCUAUAUGCUAGCGAUGUACCAUCUAACAUUUUACUAGUUAUGAACAGAUUUUAUCAAAAAACAAGGUUGCUUAUAAAAAGCAUUUGCUGUUCACACAAUCCAAAUGACCCUGUUAUAAAUGACCUUGCUGAACCACAAAUCUCAUAGUUUGCUCCAUGAGGAGUUUAUCUGUGAUCAUGUCUAUUUAGAGGACAGCUGUAUCAUUUCAAAUAUUCUGACUUCAGAUACAGGUCUCUUUUCAUGUGUCUUGCAUUUCCUCAUGUCUCCUUUCUUUCCUUGUUGUUUUUUUAUAAUGGACCUUGAUGUAAUGAUUAUAUUAUGUGUGGAAUUUAUGGAAGAAUUACUAUUUAUCACCUGUGAUAUGAAACCAAAUAUUCUCCAUGAUCUGCUGUAUUUUAGCAGACAGGGAAGCUGCACAUUUAGCAGGGGAAAACUGGAAACUGUUAAAUGAACAGUAAUUAUUCGUCAAAUAAUUACAAAGCCAUGUUUUUAAAUCUUGUGGAUGUUCUAUAACUUUGCUGUUUAAGCUUAACUUUAUUUUUCAACCUUUAACUUAAUUGUAUUAUUUAUUCAUAUGUUAUGUUUUUGUACUAUUUUUAAACUGUUUAUUCACAGUUUACCUCUCAAUCGUUAUCAUGAUAAAUAUCAGUUGGAUGAAAGACUUCACAGAAUGUUCUGAAUGAUUGUCUCAAGGACAUGGCAUCACACAUCUCAUGUUUCAUACUUCUGUUUACAUUUUAUAGUUGCAGUUGUGUUACUUUUUUCAGUUCUUCCCAGGCCAUGACAACCACCCUGGACUGUAUCACAACUUCAUCUGUUGUUCAUUGUUGUAAAAGCAUAUUUCCAUUGAUGUUAGUAUAUUUUGCAUGUUAUUAAAACAUUGAAUACUUAAUAUAUACUUUAUGCAUAACGAAAGAAUGUUUUGAUUAGAUCAAAUUUACCAUCUCCUAUCAUGCAUAUGCAUAAUGUUUGUAGUGUAUAAAUAAAUGCAUGCAAGACAUUGCUAUAACCCAUUUCACCGAAAUGCCAAAAUAAUAAAGAUUACAUGUACCUCAAGUAUGCCAAAACAUUCCAUAACUUCCUUUUUAUAAAAGACAUUUAUAUAUUGUUGUAUGUAUGCAAGACAUUUCAUUUUGAUUACUGUUUCUGUCUUUUUGAUCUGACUGUUGAGGUGUUGGAGUUGGAUUUACGGAAAAAUAUUCUCAAAGUCAUAACUAUGCACAAUUUUAUACACAUGCAGAAAACCAAUUGAGCUGGUGUAACAUAACAUCUUCAUUUCUGCAUAGCUUACUUUGCCUAUAAAUAUUCUACGCAAACAUGAUUUUGCCUGUCUAGCUUAGUGCAACAAUUCUGAUUGAUUCCAAUUCAGCUGAGAAACAUGUACCUGCAUACAAAAUGUACUGCUUAAAACUACUCU